AUAAAAUAUAAAACUUUAUAUUACAGUUAACAAAAAAUUUGAUUCAACAAAAAGUGAUGCAAAAAAAAGUUGCAACAUUGUCCGAAAACGGCUCCGUAUUGCCGCAUAGCUGUUGACAGGCAAUCAGCAAGCUUGUCAAGUCAACAAUGCAAUUCAACAAUUCGGCAAUGCAGCAAUAAAUCAAAUAAAGAGCGAAAAAAGAAACAAGAAAAUCAAACUCAAGCGCGCAAAUAACGAAGAAAAUUGAAUUGAAAAAAGGUAUAAAAAUAAAAAAGACACAACGAAAAAGGAAAAAAAAAAUCAAUAAAAGAAAUAAUAAAAUAAAAGUAAAUAAAAAAGCAGCACUAAAAACUGCCGGCAAUCCAUCAACUCGGAAAUUUUUCAAUACGCUCAGCAAUUCAACAAUCGAAUGCAGGCGAAGUAGCAGCAGCAAUAAACCAACAACAAAUAAAAGCCAUACCUUCAACGCUAUCUCCAGUGUCAUGUGAACGAACGUGCGACCGUACGACCUACCGCACUCAGAAAAACACACACACACACGAGCAAACAAUUUUCAGCAAACAAACAUUAGCAAUUGCAGAUAGGAGAUAGCAGCAGCAGCAGCAGCUAGUUUAUUUGGCAAUCGUUGAACCUGCAACGUCGGCGCAUCAACUGAGAUUGCUGUGCUGCUCAUCUACGACAUGGUAUGAAGGAGCCGACGAACAACUUGGACGAUAUUGUGCCUGGCAGGCUGACAUCAGCCGAAUUACGGGCGAUGGCACUGCGACAACAACAGCAAAUCGACUCACAACACCAACUGUUGGCCACCAAGGAGCAACGUUUGCGUUUCCUCAAAUCGCAAGAGGUACGAAAUGCUGUCGCAAGCGCUGAGGGUGAACGGCUGCGACGUCUGCGGGAGCGUGUGGAGGCGCAGGAAUCGAAAUUGCGACGACUGCGUGCGCUGCGAGGUCAAGUGGACCUACAGAAGACUUACAAUGUUACGCUGAGCAACGACUUGGACUCGAUACGAGCUUUGUUCAGUGAGAAGGAGAAAGAGCUGAGUUUGGCAGUGGCAAAAGUGGAGGCGCUCACUCGACAACUGGAGGAGUUAAAGCGAGACCGACGCUGUCCCAUAAACUUACUUACAACUGGCAACAACAAUGGCAGCGCGCAACCGCUGCCGCCACAGGCAUCCAGAGAACUUGAGAAGCUGCGCCGCGAACUGGUGUAUCGCAAUCAACUGUCACUGCAACAGGACGCGCGCUUACAUCUACAACGGGAAGCGCUACAACAACGACAGGCUGAGUUGCGCUCUGUCGAUCAGCGUAUUUACGAGCUGCAAACGCGGCUGCAACGCAAGAAGGCGACGAAUAUACAAAAUAAUGCACAAAAUCAAAAUCAACUACAUGCACAACAGCAGCAACAACAACAACAACAGCAGCAGCAGCAACAGCAGCAACAACAACAGCAGCAGCAACAACAACAUCAACAACAACCAACUGCGUCGCAGCAGCAGUCGCACCAACCGCCGACGCAUGCGUACAGCAACAACAACAACAGCCCUAACGCCAACCUUGCCUACAAUCAACCGCAGAGUGGCCAGCAUCACAAACAGGGAGGCGUGGCAGCGCUGAAACAACAACUGCUGCAGAAACAAGCCAACAGUAUUCUCUCUGCGGCACAGCAACAACAAAACUCCAGCAAAUUUGGAAAUAUCAUUAACCGAGAACCAAAUCGGAGCAUACCACGCGGCAAUGUAGCCGCUGUCGAGCCAUACAUACAUACGCCGCAUAAGACCUCCGUGGGUCCUGGUGGUGCCUACUUGGGCGCGGGCAAUAUACUGAAACAUGCCGCUGCAACUGCGAACACCAAUCAACAGAACCAGCUGAUACAGGAUCUGACGCAUAUGAAACACAAUAUCACCUCGGCAACGCACAGUCCGCAAGGUGGCGCGCCGCACAACGUUACACAGGCUGCCAACGCACAGUCGUUCUUCAGCAGCGGCGAAAGUGACGAAUCGAAGUUGGCGAAGAAAAUGUUGACUGCGUCAUUAGCUGUGACCAAAGCAGCGGAGCCAUCAAAACCUGUAGAGGUGGACACGUCAAUGCACAUCUACGCCGAAGUGGGACCGAAGAAGAGGGACCUUAAGAAAGCAGCAGAAGCCGCAAAAGCUGCAGAGGCGGCAGCGCGUACAGCAGAGGCGGCAGCGAUUGCUUCUACUACAUCGAAUGGUGGAGUAACCACCACAGGCAGCGCGAGUUCUACCGCAACAGGCAGCAAAAUACCGAAAAGUAUCAGUUCCUCCAACUCAGCGACUGCGAUGAUCAGCAAAAUCAAUAACACAGCAGUUGCGACAAAGGAGCGGAUUGAUCUGGAGCGGCGGUGUGAAGGCGCAGCGAGUGAGCCGCUGGCGGAAAAAUACAGUCUACAACAGCAACAACAACAACUCACAGUGCAUAGCAUGCCAUUGGGUGCGGCUAAUAAGUCGCUUGCUACCGCGGUAGCGCAUACGAGUACGUCAGCGCCUACAACAACAACGAGCUCGCCAAAUGGUGACCUCAAACCGAAGCCAUUGCAAUCACACACAUCUAGCGGCUUGGCAAUACCGCCACGCAAGCCCAUCAGCAGCGUAGCACCCACUUCUGUAACGAGCUCGAUACCGAAAAUGAUCACCUACAGUCCAAAGGUGAAUCGAGUAGCGCCGAAUGUCGUGGCAGCUGCAACGACUGUAGCGUCGGCGCAGGCCAACUCCGCUUACCCCGAUCGACCUGCCUUGCCACCGAAACCGAGCAAAAUGUCGCCCACAGAACAUACAAGCGAGCACAGUGCAACAACUCAGGCAGCGACAACAACAACCGCAUCAACGUCAAUGUUAAAAAAGCCCGCCGUACAUGCUGCCUCGGGCCUAAACUCAGCCGCGUCAAAUGAUAUGCAACAGGCAACGCAGGGUCUGCAGACGCUCAACAUUAACGACAAUCUACCGAUCAAAGCGAAACCGCUGACCAUACGCAAGCAGCCUAUGUGCGAACAGCCGCGUCUGAAGCUGAGUAACAAUGUUCCUAAGCUGCCGCUACAAGCUGCGCGUAAGAUGGACAUGCCCGCUGCGACGCCUUCUUUCCUCUACCCAGCAGACGGUAGUCAACGAGGUACAGCGAGCAACAAAGACAGUGCUGAAAAUGUUAGUAACAACAACAAUAAUCCAAAUCGCCCAACGACAGCAGGCAGCUCGUCAUCAUCUUCGACUGCCUCAUCACCAGAACAGCCGCCGCAGUACUCGCCACCACAAGUGCCGUCGGCUUCAACUGCUCACACAAUACAGACGCAGCAUUCGCCCAACAGCAAUUCUCAAUCGAGCUCCAGCAUGGAUGAGCUCGAUAAGAUAGAGCGACACAGCGACGCUGCAGUGAGCGCUACUGAAUCAGCCAACGAUGCGAGCGGUAUGAAGCGGCGUUCCGCUUCCACCGGUAAUGCGCCCACUGCAUCUGCGCUUUCGUCCGCUUCAAAUGCGAAUGGCAAGCCAAAGUUGGCGCGUCGUGUAAGCUUUGAUCCGCUUGCUCUACUGCUGGAUGCAAGUCUGGAAGGUGAACUGGAGUUGGUGAAGAAAACCGCAAUGCAAGUAGCGAAUCCUAGCGCGGCUAACGACGAGGGCAUAACCGCACUGCACAACGCCAUCUGUGCUGGUCAUUUCGAUAUUGUCAAAUUUCUUGUGGAAUUUGGCUGUGAUGUCAAUGCUCAGGACUCCGAUGGCUGGACGCCACUCCAUUGCGCAGCAAGUUGCAAUAAUUUAUCGAUGGUAAAGUUCUUAGUCGAAAAUGGCGCUUGUCUCUUUGCCUCGACGCUGUCAGACCACGAAACACCAGCGGAAAAGUGUGAAGAAGAUGAAGAGGGUUUCGACGGCUGUUCGGAGUAUUUAUACAGUAUUCAAGAGAAACUCGGUAUACUUCAUAAUGGCGAAGUGUAUGCAGUCUUCUCGUAUGAUGCUCAGAACAGCGACGAACUAACAUUCCAAGUCAACGAACGUUUGGUUAUCCUGCGCAAGGGUGACGAUGCGGAGAGUGAAUGGUGGUGGGCGAAGAAUGCGAAUGACGAGGAAGGCUACGUGCCCAGAAAUCUGUUGGGGCUCUAUCCCAGAGUUCCACCACAGACAUCUAACUUCAACGAUUAGCAGUUAAUACGAUUUUAUAUAUGUAAAAAGAAAUCGGGACGUCUAAUACAAAAACAUUAUAUUUCCAAAUACUUGUAAUAGUUGGCAAGAUUUAAUGGAGAUGAAUUAGAAAGUAAGAGUUUAGUUAGGUGUACUAAUCAAAUAACUAUAGAAAUAACUACUAAUAAUACAAAACGAAUGAUGGGACGAAAAA